UACUUUGAAUUGUCAUCCGUAGAAACAGAAGAAAAUGCAAAAGGAGUACUUCGAGAGGUCUGGCUUUCAGAAACAGCUGACGAAAACCCACUUCUUCUUAGAGACCUGAGUGCUUUCACCAGACAGAGAGACCUUUGGAAUAUAAUUCCAAGAAUGGAUGCAACGGUCAAUUUAGGAAAAUUUUAUGCUCAGAAACUAAAUGCUUACAUGAAGGUAAAUUAAUAAUAACAACAAUGAUGAUAAUAAUAAUAACAAUAACACCAAUGCUACAGCGAUGUGGUUAUUUUGUUACAAUUUAGUGUAAACAUGCUUCAAGGAAAGAUGAGAUUUUUCAUAACAAUGUGCUUCCUAACGUUUUAGCAAAAAACUUAUCCGCCUUCCAUAAUAUCGACUACAGAAAUUACAAAAACAUAGGCAAAUCAAAAGGAAUAAGUGAAGGAAUGGAUUGAUAAAUAAAAAGAUAAACUGUCUAGUCUUGUUUAGCUUUUCUUUGCUUUUACAUACACCAGAUUUUUCUUUUCAAUAUGCCAUGGAAGAAGAGUUGAAAAGACGCGAAAUAUCACAAAGAAAUAUCACAAUAAUUACUCAGGGAAUUUAAUUAAGCCACUUAUCCAUGGGAAAGACUAGUCAUUCAGAAAAGCAGUCGUACAGUUUUUUACUGGUUACAAUAAACAUAUUCAACAUUUCUCACCUCAGGUCACUGAUUCUGGCUACCACACAUUUUACAUGACGUGCAAUGAUGAAUGCGAGUUGUGGUUUGAUGGCGUUGAAGAUCUAGAAGGGUUGGGGGCUGGUCAGUCCGAGAGAAAAAUGUUGAUAAAGCUGGUUGAUAUGAAGACUUUAGAGCGUCUGACGUGGGAUAGGUAUGCUCACAGUAUAAUCUUAGAGUAAAUCAUCGGGGAGAAUUUUUUCCGCUUCUGUUUUGUAAAUAGUUCUAAACUUUUGAACCGAGUUGAGCGUGGUUUUUGUCACAAUUGUUUCGUGUAUCGUAUUUUGAGCUUUUAAAAAAAGUUUAAUCGCCGGUUUAUGAUUAGUUAUUAACUCCAAGCAAAUCAGGAUAUCGGUUUCAUUUUUCUUUCCUCAAACCUGCUGAUAAUUAAUUGCAACCAUUUUGUGUUCUUAGUUUUGAAGUUUUCUCAGUUUACUUGUUUCACAAAAUUUCAACUUUGCCUAUUAAAAGUCUAGUCAAUCUACGCAGGAAACUUUAUUUAUUUUUCCAUUAAGAUUUCUUUCUAGGAAAUAAAAAAAAACAUUACUUGUCUUUUGCCAAAUCUGACCCAUAUGUACUCUAUGGUUGUUUGAGUUCCACUUACAUGAUUACAGGCCGAAUUGAACUCUACUCAUUCCUAUUUCUGUUAUAAAUCAAGUUGUCUCUAAUGUCAAUUUGCUUUCGCAGGUCGCUCAGAAAGCAAAUUUCACAACCCAUAUAUCUUUCUCGUUGUCAUCUUUAUAACAUUGAGGUCUUUAUGAGGGAGUAUGUCAACGAAGAUCACUUGUCUGUUGGAAUCAAGUUUCCUAAUGGGGAAGAACAAAAACCUGUUUACGCCAAAAAUCUCUUCUGGCUAAAAACAGGUUUGACCUUUUGCUUUGUUUAAGAUUUCACCUAGUAGUAAGUGAUGUUUGAUUGAUAAGGUAACAUUUUUUGGGACCAAGAGAGGAUAAACUGCUCUCUUUCCGAAACUUACAGCGUGAAAAUUCACCUUAGAUGCCAGGGAAGCAACGGGGAAGGUCACUUUUUGGUUUUAGCUUUGUUUCAAAUGAGGUUUUCAUUUGAAUAUAGGAAUGAGGAUCCCUCUCAUUCGUUGCCUUUGAUUUUUGUGACACAUAAAAGGAAUUAUGUCUAUUGGGGCCCAGUAAUUUUAAGUUGAAGGUGUGUUAUUUUCUAAGGUCUUGCUGGUAGUUCUAUUCAAUAAGGACAAAUUCCUGUGGAAGUCUAUGUUCUAUAUUUAAGGGGAAAAGCUUUCGCAUAGUUAUAUUGGAAAUUAUCAAGGCGACUGUUUUUAUUCAAAAUCACUUUGUUUCUUUCUUAUACACGUAAUUCACAAAAUAUGUGCUUGCUUCAGUUCCAUAAUCACCUCGUUCGUGAUGAUUAUAGCAAGACAUUACACAAUGUAAAAACCAAUCAGAGCCAUUGAACUGAUAUGAAUUUUAAAUUACUUUUGCAUCCUGUGUUAGGUGAGCGGAGCCUCGUCUUCAGCAACAUACGAUUCGAGCCCGGUAAUAAAUUUACGGCGGAAGUUGGAUCUAUCAUAUCGAUAGCAGGUUUGCACAGAUGCCUCAUAUCCGAAGAGUUAAAGUGGCUUUAACAUGAUUUUUCAAAUACAGCUCAGUUAUCAGCUCAGUUCACUGGAAAACUGCAGUGCAAGACGUCUGAAAAUGUUUUUGUUUUACCAAAGAACUUUCGAGCCUUGAUGUAAACAAAGAAAGAAUUAAAAUUUUUAGCUAAAUUAACUGGUGAAGAAAUUUCUUUCCAGACACUUUUUUUUUCUAUUCAACAUCACGCCGAUCAUAGAUGGUAUUAAAGCGUCUAUUUUGCUUAUCAAAAAAAUAACUAUAACAUAGAGUUGAAAGGAGGAUGUUAUUUUUUUGCAUGAUUUCGAGUUAUUCAUAUUUGCAAAAGCUGAUUCAAAACAUCCGCUUAGUCUGCUAAAGUCCUUUCAAUUUUGGAAUGUUUCUGUUGAUUCUGUUUAAAUGAGUAGGUGGAAAAAGAAGUCUGUAGGGAUUCCUCUAGACAUGAACACAAACAGUAACCAAGAAGAUCUGCGAAAAUAUCCUGUUCAUGUAAUUCUAUACAAAUAUAGGCUCCUACAAAUACUGCUGUCAAGGGAUUUUCUGUCCGGACUGUGAUCUUAGAGUGGCUAUAUCGGUGUUUUACACCGAGUACAUCAUCAAUUCCUCUCUGUCAAUGAAUUGCCGAGAAAAUUCAUUCAAUAUUUCACUAGAAGCAGACGUAACACCUGGAUUCUACAGCAUUCAGGUGAGCAAACAUGUUGUUUCCCAUAUAACUCAGUACUUUUUUUUCAGUUUCGAUUAAGUAGAGCUUUAAUAUACUAUUGCAACUUGACUAACAAUUCCUUACAUGAAAUUAUGUGGGCCUUUCUGUGAACCUGGACAAUUAUUCAAAGAUGCUAUUUUAUUAUAACAUGCAUAUAAAUAACAUUCUUUGAACCUUGAAUGUUACCUUCUUGUUUAGAAUACACAUCUUUAUCGGUAAAAAGACCCAAACUUCGAUAAAAAACAAAACAUUGAUAUCAAAUUUUGCUUCUGUAGUCAUUAAGUAAAGCUUUGCUGCUCACUAAGUACUCGCUAAGUAAAAAAGGUAACAGCACUCUUCCGCAAAGUAAGAAGCAUCUUUCAUACAUUAGCAAUGCCACUAGCAUUGUACUGUUGUGUUUAAAGGAGCUGAUGUGAAAUUAAUAAUUGAACACCCAAAACCAUGGAGUGAACAGAAUAUCGUUAGUUAGAUAUCUGCAUUGAGAUAAGUUGUUCAGUUUCAACCAUGAUGACUUUUUUGGCAACAAACAACAGUCUGGAUAAAAUGUAGUUCGAAAUCAUACCUCAAAACUGAUGAAGUUUUGGUAUUUUUACUCAGGCCCAGUAUUCUUUUGCUGAUGAAAAUGCCACAAAACACCUUGAAAUUGCUCAAGUAUCCAUGACAGGUUGGUCUUCUUUUCUCUUUUGAUUGAAAGAAGUAACAUUCAAGCAACAUAACGGUCAUAGUCGUAAUCAUAACGACAACCAACAGUAAAAGCCAUAAUGAUAUUGACGAUUAAGAUUUCAAUUGUGGCGUAAUAACUUUAAAGCCAGACCAGAUACGAUAAUUAUGCUAUAAGUUUUUUGACGUUUACUGGGAAUUCUCAGUAAGACUUGUCAGGGUUAAUCCAUACUUUCAUUUUUCAGCUGCGGUUCUAAGUCAAUGCAGUUUUUUUAAUGAUCUCUGUCAAUGGAAAGAAAAGACCACAAACGGAUCUUCGUGGAAAACAGGAGGAGGUAAUAGAUAUCUGCUUGUUAACACUUAGCAUUGAAAACAAUUGCUUUCAACAUGAUAUGAUGUCAAGUAAGCCCUAGUUAGGUCAUUACAAAGCAAGUGUUGAGAGCACAGAAACUAUUAUUUUAUCAUGUCAUAUCUUUUCCACCUUUCCAAUGACGCUAGAAACUGUCGAUGAAGAGAGUUAUUUCUGGCAAAUGAGUAUUCAGGAGAGGUUUAAAAGUUGUACAAAUCGACGGCAAACUAGGAAAAUUCCUUAUUCCGGACAAUUUUUUAAACUUUCUUUCGUAAGAGACGACUUUUGGCACUAUUAAGAAACCAAAGGGGCUCAUUACCUUCCACCGUAACGAUUAUUUUUAUCAUCAUUGUCACAUUUUGUUUAUCUCACAUCCUUUUUGAGCUUAAUUCUCACGGUUAGGUUGCAUCAGAUUUGGAAAAACUUUGGUUCAACUGUCUAUGAUUGUUCUCAGAUUACCAAGGUGCUUAUUUACUGGAUGUCAGCGAGGGCUCUCUUGAAAGUCCAAAGAUGCCUUGGAAAGAGUCAUUUAAAGAAACGUAUUCGUGUUUGCAAUUUAAGUACAUCUUACCAGGCACAACAACAGAAGGAAGAAAUUCUACCCUGGAAGUUUUCGUCGGUAACGAGGAACAGAUGGCUCUGCUUUGGAGAGUUCAAGGAUACCAUGGAAACAAAUCAUCACGAGGCUACGUAUCGUGGGAAUCCAAAAAAGAUGUCAUGGUAACAAUAAUAAUAAUAAUAUAUAGAGAAUGAUACGUGGGCGCACAUGAAUGUGGAAUUUCUCUACGAGUGAGCUAUCGAGUGAGUGAGCUAUCGAGUUAAACACGAGAAGAGAAAUUUCAUACCUACAAGCAACCAUGUAUUAUUUUGUUUAUCAUAUAAACACAAUAGCCCUUUACUGAUAAGAAAAGCUGGCUUCAUUAAUGAAUGAAAAUAAAUGAAUCGACAGUCCCCGAAUAACAAUCGUAGAGUGCGUUGGCGCCACCUCUUAAUAUGGAAAAAUGCGUUGAAUCAUGAUUACAAAAACAACAGUGGUCGUAAUUUUCCAUUUACAAAAUUCUCAUUUAGUGACUUUGUCCUUACUGACAAAAGAAGUCUUUCAGGUAAACGGCUAAAAUCGGCCAAUGGCAAAUCUUUCAGCCGUCGAUUUUCAUUCCCAGCCACGAGAAAUGCCAACACCAAAGCCACUGAAUACGUAACUUUCGGCUUUUCUUUUCGUGUAUUGGUUUUUUCCCCUUUUAGGAAAGCUUGAACGGCACUGUCUGUCAGCCAUAAGGAUUUUUUUUAGUGUUUUAGCCGCCAUAAUCCGAGAAAGUUCCGACAAACUACCUUGCAUUGAGAAUCGUGAAGGCUUUGCCGCUCAUUCAUCAACCUGACCGAGUGGCGCCAAAGGCGAGUGACGUAUCAGCAGCUGAUUGGCUAUAUCAACACAUGUGGAAAAAAUACGAUAUUUUUUCACGUAUGUUGUUACGGCUUUUCUCAGGGCCGGAAAUCCUUGUAUAGCACCGCAGUUUAUGUGAUAAAAUAAAUUUUUAUAUCGCCGUCUCUACAAAGUAUCCUACGGCGUAUGACAUCAUUGAAAGCUAAAUAAUUAAAUGAUUAAGAGCAGAAUGUCUUGGUAAAAACACGUUUAAAAGAAAGGUUUAAGCCACAUUAUUAAAAAUAUGCAACACAUCCACUAAAAAUACGUUCAUGAAGAAAAGUCUCGAGGAUAGAUUUAAAAAUGGUCAACGACCUGCACCUCCUCAUAUCUACCUGAAGGGAAUUCCAUAUUAUGUGAAUAGAAUGUAUUAUAUACCAAAAAGCUCUUUGACCAUAAAUCCUUAGAUUACAUCUUGGUGUUACAAGUAAAAAUUUACUAGAGGAGCGCAAUGUUUUCGGAUGAAUGUAAGGCAGUAGAAGCUCCUGUAGGUAAAUAAGUACCAUGUCAUUUGACGAAUUAAAUGUCAAAAGUAGGAUUUUUUGUAAUCAAUCCGUUCGGCGGCUGAAAGCUUAUGUAACUCUUGUACUAUGGGUGAGACGCAAUCAUAUUUUCGUCAUACAGUAUAUCAAGAUACCGGUUGAAGUUAAAAAUACAUGAUAGCUAUUUUUUUUCGACCCUGUAAACUACAAAAUUGUUACUUCCUUGAAAUUCAUAUCCACCAAAAAACAUAAAAAAAAUUACGUUAACGGAAAACAUGGAAUACAUUGUUGUGUACUUCAGUCAGUAACAUAUAUAUGGUUUUAUUAAAUUGUGGAUGAAACUUAAUUGCCUUGAUUUAGUCCUUUUGUAUUUGAAUCUACGCCCUUCGAUCAUUUGAUUGUAAUUUUUAGUUUUAAUCAAUUUUUUUUUAGAUUGAGCUUAAGGCAACUAGCUACGGGAAAGCUUCAGCUGUAAUUCAGGAACUAAAAAUUAUCACCAACUACUGUGAAAUUUUCCCUUUGUUCGCCAUGCCAGGUUUGUAAUACAGUUCAAUAAAUUUAUUUCAUCAACUUGAGUAAAUUAUAGUUACUUAGUAGUUAAUCUUGUAUUUAAAAUCAUGAAUGCAACACAACCGGUCAGAGUAACGUUGUACAGUUUAGGGAUUUUAAGCAGCCUCAAGAUUCUAGAAUUACACCGGAAUAGGACCAAUAUUGGCUGAAACUCUUGGGCGAGGGUUGCUACAAAUAAGUUAAUUUUCCGGGAGGGCAUAACUGUUUCCAUGUGACUACCAUUUCCAUGGGAUGUUAUCAUUUUGCAGGUCACAGCUGUAGCAAAGAAGAAUUCAAGUGUGAAAAUUUGCAAUGCAUUAAAAGUGUCCUAAGAUGUGAUGGCGACUUGCAUUGUUUGGACGGAUCUGAUGAGGAAAACUGCCAAUGUCUAAACGGUCAGUUUUCGUGUUCCUCGGGGAAAUGCCUGCCUCCAGAAAAACUGCGAGAUGGCAAAAAGGACUGUGUUGACGGGCAAGAUGAAAAGAAAGGAAGAGGUAAAAUGGUUUGUGCAAAAAUUGUUCCUCGUCAAUAUCUUAAAUUUUCUGGAUUUCAGUAAAGCCUUGAUUACUCGGACGUACGUCAAAAGAACAGUAGUCAUUCUUCCCUUGAGCUUGGUAUAACUUACAGAUUAAAUGCAUGCUGAUCUGCUGGAUGAUUCUAGCAUAAUAUGCAUGAAAGGAAACGAUGUUCAUGUAGGUACAAAAGAAAAAAAGAUUUUAUUUAUUAAUUUAUUAAUUUUUUGUUCUGGCAAAUCAUUGUUUUAGCUUUAAAGCCCACUUUUUGUUUUUGUUUUUUCUCUUCUCAAGUGAACCCGAAUUCCAAGUAUCCUUGUUUUGACGGUAAGGUGAUCUCUUGGUCCCAGACAUGUAAAAAAACAGAAGGUUGUGCUGACAGCAGCCAUUUUUCUGCCAUUUGUGGUAAGUUUUACAAUGGUGUCUUGAUAUCUUAUUUCUUGCCAUGUGAUUACUGAUAAAACAAAGCUCAAUGUAAUCGCAGGAAAUCAAAAUGAGCUUCUAAAUAUGCACACUGCUCACAAUUGACUAAAUUUUAGCCAAGUAAAAAUUUGGAUUUAUUCAAGUUACGUGGGUUUUUGGAUUUCAGAUCUGAGGAUGACGAUACUUUUAUCAAUAAUCAUAAUGGUUCUUUUUAAAAUAAAAUGAAUAUUGAACUGAUAUAUAAUUAUGAUAAAGAGAGUUGAAUCGUGUACCUACUUCUUUUAAAAAUAAAACUUUACUGUCACUUGCUAUUUAAAGGGAAGGCGGAAUGCCCGCUGAAUGACUUAGCUUGUUCAAAGCAAACAGGGGAUGCGAAGAAGGAUAAGGAAGACGCUUGUCAGAUUCCUUUUCGAGGUAAAAAUAUGAAAAGUGCAGGACGGAGGAUUGUAAAAAAUGUCAAAACCAAGUCUUACUUUAUUACAGCGUUUUUUUUUAACAAUUAUUUUCUCGUUUUUUCUAUACUUUGCUGUUAGAUGGCUGUUGAGUUUUUAAAAUUGAUAUUUCAUUUAAGUCGGCCAACAGUUGGACCGUGAUGGAAUACAGAUUUCUUCUUGCAAUACUAAAACUUAACAUUAUUGCGAUAUUGUGUUGCACUUUGGCUCAGAUUUAGACUAAAUCUUAUGUUCGUAAUGGCAAGAAGAGAAAAACUCAAAUUUAGUCGCGUUAUUGUUCAGUUUUAAAUGGCAAGAGUGAGAAAUAAAAAACAAAUUUAGUCGAACGAAGAAUUGUCUAGAAUUAUUCAGUGACGCUGAGGUUAUUCAAUUUUGACUAUACUUCUUUUUUACCCCAUCGAUAUUUUAACUUAUGUCACUACAAACUUUUCUUUUUUCUCCUAUUAAAUGUAAAUUUUCUUUUUAAACGAUUUUAAACAGCAUACAAGUAUUUAGAAAAGAGCCAAACAUUCAGAAUCUUGAAUAUGUUUCCCGCUCGGUUCUGUUUCAGGACCAUGCAGUUUUCAGAAUGGUUUGUGUGGAUUUCAGAAUGGUAUUAACAGUGAAUUUCAGUGGACGACAGAAAUUAGAGGAACCCUAUCAGAAGGCACGGGACCUUCCUUUGACCAUACCACUUUAUCAGACCAAGGUGUUGUGUUUUUACAUCUCAUAUUUAUAGAUAUAUAUAUAUCUGAAUAAGAAUUAUAAUUGACAGGAAAAUCUUUCACAUUUGGAAUUUCAUUAAGAGUUCAGAGUUCCUAGAACAAUGUUAUUCGAAAAAAUUUAGAGUUCGUUUUAAAGCAGAUUCAGCGUUAGCUAAGCAAGAAAAUUCUCAGAUUUAAAACAGGUUAUAUGUCAGCAGAUAGACGUGUACUUUAACCCGAAGGUUAUUGCCCAUUUUUUACCACUGGAAUCUUAGACCUGAAGUCUACUAACUUGCACAUUAUUGAAGAGAUCAACUUGAGUGAAGAGAUUGUGUCAGGACCAUUUCACUUGUUCUAAGUGGUGCAGGAGAUAACCUUCAUCAAAAUUUAAUUGAUGCAUCUUUGGCUAGUUUUGUCAAUCUUAAAUAAUUUCGUCCCAUAUCGCGUCAGGUUACCCACAAUUCAUGAACGCAUUACGCUCUCAAAAUUAAAGAGAAGAUUAAUAGUUAAAGGGCUUACUAAAAAAUAAAAAUUAUUUUUUAGGCCGUUACCUUUAUAUCGAAGCAUCAAACAGACAAGCUGGCGAUAAAGCGCGAUUACAAAGCGGCUGGUUCCUACAUGCUCCAGAACUUUGUCUUCAGUUUUGGUACCACAUGUAUGGAGAAGAUAUAGGGUCUCUUAACAUUUACAUUGGAGCAAUGAAAUUAGAAGAAAAGGUUUGGAGUCAACAUGGGAACCAGGGAGAUAUGUGGAUUUUUGCGCAAGUUCCUAUAAAUUCAGGAGGUCAUGAAAGACAAUUUCAGGUGAAACAAUAUUGCGUGCAAAUAGAAUACUUCAUUGUCUUGGAGACUAUAUUUUCAAAGUACUUUUCCAUAAUCGCAAUGUUAAGUAAUUUAUAUACUCAAUGACUCAACCGUUUCACUUACAUUGACGACACAUAAAAAAGAAUCACAAGAAAAAUCUCGGUUAUUUUAUCAAUUCUAUUUUCAUUUCAUUUACUUAGUAGGAAAAGAGACUAUUCCGUCAACCAAUUCCUAUAAACUUCCAAAGAGUUUCUGACCAUUUGAUAAAAGCUGCUCAUCUUUCGCUGCAUCGACAUAUUUUUCAGGAGUUAUUAGAGAUGGGAUGACAAAUUACAUUUAAAUUUUGAGUAAUUUGUUAGAAAGCGUAGAGGAAUCAAGAACACAAAAACAGAGAACGCUAGAUUAGUAGGGAGUAAACAUUUUAUUCAGCCAUUUAGGCUCAAUAAUUUCAAGUCUUUUCAAAAUUGCUAUGGAUAUCCUUCACGCUAUAUAGGGUUUAGAUAACAAGAGUUUUAUGAUAAAAUCUAAAAUUGUUACGAUUAAAGACGCCAUGCCAACACUGUAUACUUAAUUUUAGAUCCUAAUAGAAGGUGUGAUCGGAGGUGGAAGCUCAGGGGAUAUAGCUAUUGAUGACAUCACUGUUUUAACUGGAAGCUGCAUUAAAAUCGUUAAACAGGGUAAGCUUAACUUGAAAAAGGUACAAAGUCAAAAUGGGACUGCAAAAUAUGUUUAAAAAAUUCACUUAGGUACGCAACUCAUUGCCUUAAAAUGCUGACCCAGAAUACAUGUUGCCAGAUCUCGCGCGCGAUGUUGAGUUUCGUUGGCGUUACGUUAUUCUUAAGUUCUCAAGGAGAAACCUAUUCCUUAUGAACGUAAUUGCUGGACAUUUUUAUUUAUUUACUAAAUUGGAAUAAGAAAAUAUUGUGUAGAUGUGGCAAUUUAAGGGAGGUUAAUCCCACCCUAGGAAUUACUGAGUUAUAUUUUUCUUUAAAUUACCUCUUUAAAAUAAAUUUUAUGCCUUCUUCAGAAACUCUGGAUUGCUACUUUGAAAAUGGACUGUGUGGUUGGACUGGGGAAAACGACUGGAAGAUAGAGAGCACUGUAAACAAUGGUAUUGAGAAGUAACUUGUUAAGAAUUCAUCGGCUCGUUGAUUUUUUUAGCUUAAAAUUACAAAUCAUCAAUGUAGAGGGCGAUGAGAGGAAACACCUUAAUGAUUAUCAUAAGCACUCGAAUUUCACAAAAGAGGUGGAUUGUAUUGAUAAUGGAGAUAAAAUGGUAAACCCAACAGUAAUAAGAAACAACUCGAUUGCCAUAUGUUUUAAGCUGAGCUGGAAAAAAAAGCUAGCUAAAGAAGAAUCUUUUCAAGCACCAUUUUUUGUCGAAGGUAUGUGACCAUGAUCCUAACUAAAAACCUCUAAAACCAAAUUACCUAAUGGCUUUCUUGUCUCUACUCCACAUUGUGUAACGCUUUUAGGUGCUUUUUUGAAUUUGAAAAUUUUCUUUGCCUCAUCAGGUAAAUUCCUCUACUUCAAAACAGAUCGCGCUGAAUUAAUUAGUAGAACCUUGAUAACAAAAGAGCUAACCCAAGCAAAGGAAUGGCGGUGCUUAACAUUUUGGUAUUUCAUUGGCGAGGAGAAGAGGACGCAUACCAAUGAGAAAGUGGUGGAACUCAAUGUUUCUGCUCUUCACCCUGAUAAUAGCAGUGAUGUCACUUCUCUGUGGUCCACUUCUUAUCGUACGAACCGGUGGACGUAUGUGCAGCUGCCUCUUCACCACAGGGAGAGUCCCUUUAAGGUAAACAUAAAGAAGUACAAAAAUUUAUUACCACAAUUAAGUCAAGCAAAUCAGUGGAAAUCACAGGGCUUUAAAAUUAUUGUUUUAUUGUUUGCAGUUUAAUUAGAUUUGAGCGCUUUGAGGACAAACCAUUAAAAAUUCCAUAUAUAGCUGUUACGUAAAAUUCUCUUGAUAAUAACUUCGAAAUUGUGAUACUCAGAUCUUUAUUAAUUGGUCACGCAAUUAGAGUUGCCAUGCUUGUAGUUAUUUACCUCAUCAAAAGCCUAUUGACCGUAGUUUUGAUAAACUGAUAGAACAGCUUGGACUGACAUAUCCACCUUAAUCUUGGCCGUAAUUCAACUGCAUUCGAAAUUUGUUCGCAAAGUUUUCCUUCUCGAAAAGUAACUCAAGGUCAAAUAAGGUUAGCAUCUCAAAUACCGUUUUUCUUGGUCCUUGUUUUAAUAACAGAUCUUGUUUAGAGGAACCCUAGAUUCUGCCGAGGUUGUAUUCCUGGGCAUUGAUGACAUAUCUUUUUCCAAAGAGAAGUGUAACGCUAUUCCGAACGAUGAGGGGAAAGGUAUGUCUUGUUUCGCUUUGCUUUGUGAGUUGGCUCAAACAUUCGUUUACCACAGUAGGAAAGAGUAAACCAGUUCCUAAGUUGUCUCGCGAAUGCUCUUUCGGGACCAGCAAUGUUGCAAAAAUCCGUCUAUCUGUCCAAUUGGGUGCUUAACAAUCUUCAUUUCCAAGGAGCCUCUGGUUUUUUGCAUAAGUGGCAACAAUAACCAAUGCAACGUUGUGAUGUUUUGAUGGAAAUUUAGCGUCAGGUUUACGAAUCAGUUAAUCUUCGCCCUUUACGACGAAAGUAUUUGAUUCCAGCUUUAGGAAAGUGUCUGAAAGAAAGUUGACUCAAUAUUCCCCUAUUAUUAUUAUUAAUAUUGAGUGAUUAAACAUAAGCAGGACACAAUCUCUAAUUUUCAAUUCGUGGGUCAAAAUAAAACUUUAGAAAUAUAACUGGCUUACUAUUCGAGGAGGCUGGUAUCAAAACGAAAACGUAAGGGCGCUUUUUUCGAAGAUUUUAAAUUGCAAACCCUUGGUUUUUAUUCUCUUAGCUUUUUCGAUUAACACGAGAAGAAAAUUGAUCACUUAAGGUUUGAAAAAUUGUAUGAGUUCAAGUCUUCUGUCAUUCGGUAUUUAUUUUGUGAAGUGGUAUCAUUGCCCAUCUGUUGUCGAUAUCUUGUUCUUGACAUAGAGUAGUCACUUAUCUUUCUAUCUUCUUCAGACAUAUGCACCUGGGUAACCGGCUACCACACCUGCUGUAGAUUCCCUUUUGUCUAUGAGAAUACUUUGUAUCACUCCUGCACAGGAGACGAUAACGACAGACAGUGGUGUUAUUUUGGAGACGAUGAGUUUGAUGCUGGUGGCUGUGAUGGCAAGAUUCAAUCUUUGUCUCAUAUUUUUAUGGCUCAGAGCCAAAGGAAGAUUUCUUAUUCUUGGCGCGCGUACCUUCACGUUAUACUAAACCAAAUAAAAACUAGUGGAUCUCUUGGCCUUGAGUCACCAUCACCAUAUUUGGAUGAAGUUUAAGAAUAAAAAAAAUCCAAAUAAUUUUUAGAACCUUUAGGAAACACUCACAAGUAGGUGUGUCGAAAAAACAUUCUGAACUUUUUCACCGAAUGUGUUACUGAGACAUCUCUGAGGUAAAAGUAACAGACGACAGUUAUGCAGCCAAAAAAAUCCAACGCUCCAGAGCCUACCAUAAUCAGUGCCAACAGAGAUGAUGACCCAAGUUUUUACGAAACUGUUAAAUCAUUGAAGCCCAGGACUAACAAAAAAAUGAAAAUGAUUAGUGGUACACCACUCCCCAAAACGAGGACAAGUGUCAAAAAUAGUAAAUGGCGUUGGAAUGUGCUAAUUCCUUUUUUCCACUACUGUUAAUGUAGUGUUCAGAACUGCGAUGAUCACUCUCGUUUUUAUUUAUCAAUUUGCAGUUAAAAUAUAUCAUAUUCAUAUAUUCGCAGUCGUUCAUUUAUCAAUUAUGACUAACUCCAAGUUGGCGUAUUAGCUUAUUUGGUAAGGCACCGGUAUCGAAGAGGUCAUUAUUCAUCAUUUCAUUUUCUAGAUAAAUGUCUUUGGACAACAGAAAGUGGAAAAUGCUGUUCUUUUCCGUUUGAAUAUAAAAACAGAAUCUAUUCUUCCUGUAUUACGACACCUGACAAGCCAAGACCAUGGUGCGCUACAGAAUUGUUCUACGAUUAUAAUGGCUUACACUGGGACUUCUGCAAAGGUAAUUUUUGAUAUUUGGCCGACAAUUUGUAGAUAUUGUCCUUUAAAAGAAACGAGCCUUAAAAGAGCACUGCGACAUCAUGCGUUCUGGGUCUCAUUUUCGCAGAGAGGGGCACCUUUUUUUAGUUUGAAAUGCUGCAGAAUAUUUGAUGAACGAGUGGUGGUGGUUAUGCCGCUUUCCUAUAAAUUGAACCAUUUCAUUUUAUGACAUAUUGCCGGCGCAAGUUUUACCUAUUUCCUAAGAGGAUGGUAUGGUAAAAAUCCUUAUGUACCACACGACCGUGCAUCAAUAACAUGACUUGAACAGCUUCACUUCGGCUGCAAGUUCCCGUCGAGUUUAGCUGCGUUAUAAGAGAAUUGCUUCAUGCUUUUAGCUGUGCGUAUAUUGAGUUAUGGAUGCAUUCAGGAAGCCAUAGAUACUUGCGCUUCUUUCGUGCUCUCCAAACUUUCCUCCGUAUACACACGCCGGGCAUGAACCAAUUCUUUGAUACAAAUUAGGUAAAUAGGUUCCAUUUAUAUUGAUUAUCCUAAUACGCUCAAUGCAAGCCUUUACAAAAUCCGGCUCUUCUUACAGAUUACUGUAGUCUUGGUCGAGAACUGUGUCUGUGGAAAGUUGAUGAUGGCUACAUAACAUGGAAAAAUGUCAGUCGUGAAGAAACUGCGAAUUGGAACAAAAAAGUCAAAUCAGCAUUGAAUGCCGAUCAUAAAGCAUUUGAAGGUACGAUAAUGAAAAUGUGCAAAGGUUAUUCGACAUCCCAUUUUCUACUAUGCUCAGUUCGUUAAACAGUGUACCCUUAUUUAUAACAGUGAGAAUAGACCGUAUUGUCUUUCAAAAUGAUUAAGCUUUGUGCUGUAACACUCGGUGUCAGGGAAAAGGUCUCUUUACUUACCUUGCCCCCAGACCCUUUGCAUUCGGUCGCUCCGACCUCCGCCCCAUUCCCGAGCUGAACCUGUUCCUAGAUUCAACUGAAUUUGGGAAAGGACCUUUCUAUCUUUACAACUUUACAUUUUGACUUUGUACACAGUGACCCCUAGAGAGAAAGACGAAUUCAUAGUUAUCCUACCACUAGCCGAGUUUGGAAAUAUUUCAGUUCCAAUUGCACUUGAAAAUGAUCUGAAAGCUGUAACUGUCUGCGUUUGGCUCCAAACAAACCAAUCCGUUGUGGACAUAACAUACUGGACAAAAUUGGCGGAUUGUCCUGAAGAAUCAGCUCUUGGAAUAAAUCUCAAUAGCACCAUCACAGUUACUGUCUUGGAAGAGGAAUGGUGAGUAGUACUUGAUACUUAAAAAUAAUGAACCGAAAUUUCGAGCCAGUAGAUUACUGGAUACUGGACUAUUGCCGUUUUACUGGAAUUUUAUUUAGCACUCUGCGCCGUAAAUGCUCUAAGUGAGGCGAUUAGUUAGUUUGGGGGUAGAUCUUGUUCGGUCAGGUUGUGGUUUAUUUGGUUAAAUCAAUUUAGCAAAGAGAAUAGACAGUUUUCAGCUUUUGACUGCAGGAAAGUCCCGUCAUUUGUUGCUGAUCAAGAGUGGCAUCAUGUUUGUCUGACCUGGUCUUCAUUUGGUGGAUUCCUCAAAGUUUUUGUCGACGGACUGAAACUUGUCAGCACGUCUGAUUCUAGUAUCGACACUCUGGACAUCAGAGGUAUUAUUAAAAAGCAAAUAUGAAUUUCUUUAAAAGUAUCCUACAUCGUACCUCGAUAUCGCGUAAAAAUGCUUAGGUGAACGAUGGAAAAAUAAUCUUGCCUCUAAUCCUGAACGAUGAACUAAUUCUUAUCCAGAACUUUAACUUAUUCUUAUGCUUUCCAACAUUUCACGAUAACCAAAUCCUCUGUGGUAAUCAAUGUAUAUAUGGUUGAAAGGAUAACCAAAAGCUAAUCAAUAAUUCGUUUCACGUUAUCAUUGCAAUUUGAUGGACACCCCAAACAUCCGUUCAAAAAACUGCAUCGUGUGCUCUGCUGAUAAGGAUAAUUAAAUUACUCAUUAAUCAUCAGGAAGAGGUCGCCUUACUGUCAAUUGCACCGAUGUUAAAAAUUCAGCAAAAGUAGACGCCUGCGGUCGUACAAGUGAUCUUAACUUAUGGGAAGGUACACUCGAUGAGGAAGAAAUUCAACGAAUGUCUUUAGGGUGUGGAAUGAGAGACGGUGAUCUCAUGGCUUGGAGGAGCAUGAUUAGUGGAGUCAUAGGAGACGCCCAUGUUCAUUACGAUACUUCCGCAUGUCGAGACGUGACUGGUAGGUGAAUGCACCCACCCAUGUAGUACAUUUUAGGAAGUUAAACCAAACAGUGGCGUCUUAAAAUAGAUCGUUUUCACUUGUCGCCACGGCGCCAUUUUGUUUACGAAAUCAAUAUAAAGGCGGUCUUGUGUACGGAUCAAGUCAGUCCUAAGGAAUUUUAUCUCUUUUACACCUUUUUAACCAAUGCAUUAACAUAGCUGCUCAACACGGGAUCGAAACUUUGUAAUUACCUGGAGGUGAUAAAAUCUCUUCGCUCAUUGACCUGUUAUACAAAUACUUUUUUCGGUGAAGCCCCUUUCCGUUGUUGGUUUUUUUAUGUUUCGGCUUCUUUGAUCACUAACUUAAAAUCAAGGGCCGCUUCUUCUAAACAAAGUUCAGGUUUGACUCUGAUGUUGGGCAUUACAUGGAUCUAGAGGUUUUGAGUGACUGGUUUGUUUGAAGUAUGCAAAUAUAGUUAUCUAGAAGUAUUCCUCUCACCAUUCAAAAACUAUUAACGUUAUGAUAGAACUUUCGGCAAAAGAAAAGAUCACUGAGAAGCAGUUUGACUAAACAAUGGUAAAGUUUACGUUAAUAACCCACAGCAUGUUUCAUCACAGGUAAUCGCCUUGCGGCGUAUUCUCUUUCAAGUAACAUUACAACAGAGCAAGCACGCGUAUGGAGCCCAUGGUAUAACAGAUCAGCUGAUGGUUAUGGUAGAUGCCUGAAGUUCCGAUACAUGAUUCUUGGAGUAGGAAAUAACAACUUACGGCUUUACCAAAUAAUGGGGAACAACUCAAAGGAAAAUCCAAUCUGGCAAGGUGACUCAACAAGGGACGACACCUGGCAGUAUGGUCAAGUGUCAGUUACAGGGAUCACAGAACACCAAGUAAGAUAUUUUUUAAAUGUUAUAAAAAUAACUAGGGAAUAAUUAGUAGUUACUACUAACUGUGAAUAAAAUUGAAUAUUUACAGAAAUAAUUAUUCAUAUGAUAAUUAUGAAGUUUUGGUUAUUUUUCUGACUUAUGAAAUGAUUGAAGGUUACUUUGACUCCAGGGCCCGGUUGUUCAAAGCUGGUUUAGGGGUUAGUGUGCUUUCUGAUUUCAGAUCUGAAAGCCUCAAAGGAAACUUUAUUAUUUUUAAAACAUAGAAGUUAAGAAACCUGGAUUAAAAUUUAAUCUUAGCUCAGCGCUAAUCGGCCCCUGAACAAUUUGUCACCGGGGUAAAAAGUUCUGGGGGCAAAGGGAUCUUGUUAAAUGACAAAAAUGAAUUUGCAUGAAAGGCAUUGCAGUAUCCUCUUAACAAUGCGAUAAACUAGACAUAACUUAGCCGCAGGUAAGUUUUUGCCAUAGCAAGCAAACAAGCAAACAAGCGAAUCAAAAAGCUUGUAGAUGUAAAAUUUUAUUUCGAAUGGUCACAAUUUGCCUUCAAUUCUUACUCGGAGUUUUUGAUAACGAGAAUAGAAAUUUAGUUUCGAAAGGUCACAAUUUGCCUUCCAUUCUUACUCGGAGUUUUUGAUAAGGGGAAUAGAGAGACUUCAUGUUCGACUUACUUUCAUAUAAUAGUGCGGCUAUGUCACCUUACCAUAUUGUUCAGUAUUCAGCCCUGGAAUACAAUUACAUUCUCCAUUUCACUUUACCUCUUACCGGCGGAAGCGAAUCUAGUGCACUUCCGUGUUCUUUUGUUGCAGCUCAUUUUUGAAGGAAACCUGGAAGACCUAACAGGGUUUAUUUCAAUAGGAGCACUUUACUUCAUCAAUGGUUAUUGUUCCCCAGAGCCAGAAGCAGCUGCAAGAAGAGGUAAACAGCAAAAAAUACGUGAAUUAAUUACCAACCGUGUGGUCGAGAUGGCUGGAUAUUGGCGGAGUUCAUAUUUGGGGUUUUUAAUGGUUGAGACAAAGUCAAGGUCCAUAUAAAGGCAAAGGAAGAUGGAUGCUACUUUCCGGCCACCUUGACUUAAUAACCUUGGUCAAUAAAGUAUUCAUGAUAUACCUAAAAUAUUUCGUUUCAAUCAGAAUCAAGAAUGAUUUGUCAAUUUUGAAGCGCUGGGAAAUUCAUCUCACAUUGUGUUUUAAGAAUUUUCCUGUUUCAUGGCGCAACAAUAAACUCGGAGAACUCAUUUAUGUUUACUCUCUUUUCACUGUCUCAUGCCACUUUUUGCGACAUUUUCAAAAACAAUAUGAUUUUUGUAAGUCUGCUCGACGCAAUCUUUUUGCUUGCUCUGGAUUAAAACGGGCAAUCCCGAGUAGGCGAGAUGGGCCAAUCUUUCUGCUCGAGUGGCCAAUCAGAAUGCAGAAUUUGCUUCAUCUUUUCCGAGGGUGCUGCCAACCAUAACAUAAUAUUGUUAUACUAAAAUAGAUAUGGAUAAGAUUUUGUGUUGACAACCAACCAUAGGAUCUUUCCACUGCAGUUACUAAGCCAUUCACCUCGGACUUUCUACUUCUCUGACAAUUGCAUCUUCCGACGCCAACUCUUUCAAAAACAAAUGCCAUUGAACUAUAACAUUACUGUACUAAACCUUUUAUAAUAUUAUUCAUCUUCAGCAUGCAGGGAGCUCUUCACGGACAAAACUGGUGUUAUAACGUCACCCUACUACCCGGGAUAUUACGCAAAUGACAGUUGGUGUGAAUGGCUCGUCACCGCUGCAAUUGGUCACGUGAUCAGACUUGAAUUUUUUCACUUUCAGCUGGAAGCAACUGGACCUCAAUGUUUAAGUGAUUAUGUUGAAGUAUUUGACGGAAAUUCGACAUAUUCUACUUCGCUUGGCAGAUUUUGUGGUCAUACGCACCCUGCAAUGUUGGAAUCUUCGUCGAAUAAUUUGCUCGUCGUGUUUAAAUCUGAUAACAAGGGGAUGCGUACGGGUUUCAAAGCUUACUACGACAUGAGGAAAGGUGAAGUACUUUUUGUCUUCUGAAAACUUUUACUUGAGGAAAUUUCUCUUUUUUUGCGAUAUAAUUUUUCCACGUUUCUGUUUCAUGCAAAAAAAAAAAUCGUGGUUUUGGCCCAGCCUUACUUCACCAUCGCGGCUUACCGCCUUGAAAUAAUUCGUCAUAUGAGUCAAUGUAGUUCGACCCUCAAAAUGUGUGUAGUCGAUGAAUGUGCAGACAUCGAAGAAAUGCCAAUAAUACGACAUAGCAUAUACAUUUUUUUGCAAGAGUUAAUUACUUCAUUAUGAUAAUCCUCCCAAUUUGCUUUUCAGAUGAGAGGGAUAAAUGUAAAAUGAAACCAGGUAAUAACAUCUUUGGUUGUCCACCAUAGCCUCAUCUACUAGUCCCAAAACAUUUUAAACUUAAAAAAUAUUUCCGAGUUCGUUUUCAUAGCUCGUCCACCAAUAAGGCAGAUUCACGGCUGAAGUCGAUUUGGAAGCAUUUAGUCGCCGAAAAAAAUAAGGAUAUCCAGGCAUUAUAUCGAUUAGUGAAGAAAGGAGAAUUUGAAUCGGCAAAUGGAGAGAUAUCAGUAAAUAGUUCAAUAAGUUCCAAUUUCUGUGGCCCACAACCUCUUUUAUUUUACUUUAUGCAAUUCUUGUUACAUGCAGAAAAUUUUCAAUUUGAGAUUUAUAACGACUAGAAAACCUGAAAAGUACUGUUGAUUUAUCUUAGUACACAUUGUUUGCGUAGAUUGUCCAGUGGGUUGCACGUGUUACAUUACAAAAGGACCACCGUCACAGUACGUGUUGGAAGGGGCAGAAUACAUGGAAGGUAUACCAUGGAAUUUAUCAAGUCUUACGACAGUGCUGUAAGUCAACUAAUUAAGUUAUUCAAUUGUUUUUCGUUUUUAUAAAAAGCACGAAAGCUCAGAGGAAUUCUUACCAAGGUCUAGCAUAAAAUGUGUUUGAUAUUUCUUAGCUGAAAUCACCUAAAAAAGCUGCAAACAAUUGGUAGAACAUACCCCUUAUCAAAUAAUUCGAUUCGCAGAUCACAGCCCGCAUCGAUCAUUUGCUCUCAAAGUUGUUCGAACGAAUUUUGUGAUGACCAUUCAAAGGCAAUGCAAACGUCUUGAAGCCUUGCUGUUUAGCUCUUUAUACUUGUAGCCACUGGCUACCUACGUUAUAUACCAUCCAAAGAAGCUCAUAUAGAUUUUCUAUAAUUUGAACACCUAUUUUUGUUUUGCUGGUAAAGCUCUAUUUCUUCGUGUGACAAGCAUGUAGAGCCAUUCCUCCCUAGUGGGUUAUUUUUAGGUUUCCUGUAAGUAAUAACUAGUAUUUGAAAAAAUUGAUUUACCCUAUAUUACACAUUUUUUAAAACGAGAUUUAUCUGGAGGAUUCUACAUGAUGAUGCGCGGAUGCAAUCAACACGCAAAGAUAAAUUCGUAUCCGCAAGCAGACUAGCAGUGUACUUGUAAACAUACAGAAAUCAAUGAGCUUUCACCGACAAUCUCUCAACACAUUUUAAAACUCCCAAUGCUAGGAUCAACUUCACCGGACAGGCUACGGAGCCGGGUCGCUUCAAAAUGCCUGGCCAAUUUUCGGAGCAGUCAUGGAGUAGAAGGAGAAUUAGAUUAAAUCUUGUAGAAUGACUGCUCCCACAAUCUUGCAGUUGAUGGGUAGACAAUUUUAGAGUACAAAGGGUUUUGGUUCGUGGUUGUGUCCUCGUGUACCGGUACACAAAGGAAGGAAACAUUAACGAACUGCGUCAUAACUCCAUGUAUGGUUAUGAAAACAAAAGGAAUUCCCUCGUGUACCGGUACACCAGGACAGCCCCUGGUUCGUCCACAAAAAAACGAGGUGUGCCCUGUAAAUUCCUUCUAUUGCUUAUUUACAUCAUGAGUAUUCUUUGCCUUUCUUGUUUACCACUUUCAAUAAGGAUAAGAACAAGUGGCUCAUGGUUUCAUGAGGCAACACAUUCUCACGAGUUCUUUAUGCAAAUUGAAGAACAGUAGAAGCAGGCAAGAAUUAUAGUUGUUGGAAAUUAAUUUUGAGUGUCCUGAAUUUCUGAAAUCUUGUCAUUUCAGCAUCCGUCAUGAAAUAACACAAGCUAUCGUUACCAAAUGUGGUAAAAUUUCCGCUCAGCCCCACCUACAUUAUGCAUUCAGUUCUUGAACAGAGAAAACAAUACAUUUCCAUUGGGAGAACAGAUUUGUUUUACAAUAGUACGGAGCUGUGCGGAAACUUUACCCCAAAUGUUUACAAUACAAAUCAAAAAGGAGGGAAUGUAACCUUAGUAUUGCUGGUAAAGUUUAAAAGCCUUUUUGUGAUAAGCAAAACCGCCGAGUUGAUAAACCUAGAUAACACAUCGCUAUCUUUACAUGUGAAAAUAUAAAUAGUGGGUUCUCUCUGCACGGUAAAGAUCUUUAAUCACACACAACUCGAUGUGACAUAUAUAGAUGACCACUAAAGAAAAAUUAUAACCAGGGUGUAAUACGUUUUUGAUCCAAAUUUCGAAUACUAUGUUUUCAAAAAUCUCGUGCGACAGGCAAUAUACAUAUAUUCACCUAAGGCGACCAAAUGCUGUAAUUGCUGUUUUGUUAACCAAAUUGUUUUUUUCUUCCACUGGCUUGAAAUAUUGCAAUACAUGUAAACCUUUCUAAUGUUUCGUUUUUGUCUAUUUUGGAAUUUACACAUGUGAACGGAUUUUCUUCAGGUGCAUCAGUGAGUAUUUCAUAAGGAAUUUCCCUUCUCACUUUUUGGGGCUGAAUUUCAAGCGUACAGAUGAUAAUACGUCUUUUGCUUGAUUCAUAUUUUAAUGCUGCAUGCGGGAAGAUUGAAAUCUGUCACCUUAUGCCUAGCUUCUUUCCAGUGGUAGUUGCUUCCCGACGACCACACAUUCAUCAAUUUUGAGGAAAGGAAGAAGGUUUUGCUUCAGUGCAGUGUUUUCAAACGUUUAUAAAAAGAAUCUGUUGAUAACAAAGGAAAGUCUCUAUUGUGACAGAGGUUCCUUUUUUUUUCUCUGAGAUGCAAAACCAUUUAAAUAGUAGUGUAAUGGUUGGUAAAAAAAAUUGACAUAUGUCAGCAUUAAUGCCCUGAAAUUACAUAUACGAGUUUGAAAUUAAUGGAGAUUACAGGAAAAUAUGUAAGAAUUAUCGAAUCGCCGAUCUUUAAUACUUAGAAAAGAGGUGAUGAAUCGAAGAAACUGUUUUGUCUCAUUUCAGCAGCGUCGGAGUAGAUAAAAUUGUCCCUUUUUUUACUAAUAGCGAGGGUAGUUCAUUUAUGGAAGGCAAGAAGAUCGUCUAUGGAAGGCAAAAGGAAGUAAGAUUGAAAUGUAGAUUCCGAGCUUCAAAAGCUCGAGAUGAAACGGAAAAAAAAAUAACAGUACGAAAGAAAAAGUAAAUUUCAAACUUGAAAAGGCACUGUCCUUGGAAACUUGACCCUCAUUUUUAGUUUUUUUUCACUGCUUAGUUUCAGAGACACUCCAGGUUUUUUUGCUGCAGCGAUAGCUAUAAUUGCGAAUGCGUAAAAUUUCGUUGGUAAUCAAAAACAUGUCACAGAAGUUGUCAAGAUGCAAUAGGAAUAAAAAUAUGAUUACAUAUCUCGUGACAAGCCUUUCACAUUUACAUGCAAUGAAAUUAAGAAAGUAGGAUGUUAUAAUCUGUACAGUACGUAUGCUUAUACGUACAUACGUACGUAUGCUUUCUGUACUUUUUUGACAAAGUUUACGAUAGAUGUCUACUACCGUAGUCGUGCUUCAAAUUGGCUGCACUGUUGAUGAUUUAGGAACGGGCAGGUGAACGGGUAGCAUGACAGUUUAAUUUAUGAAUGAAAUGGAAAGUGGGCGAGAAUUCCGCGUUACAAUGAGUUGAGAGAUCAUAGUUGUCGGGUGAAUCCAUUAAGACGUUUUAACACGACAGGGAUUAAUUCCUCUUUGUCAGAGUAGCUCAUUACUCUAGUUUUUGAUGUAGGUUUUCCUGCAAAAGUAACUCAAUAGCAAGAUGGACUUGAAACAAAAAUCCAUUUCAAAGUUUACCGGUAUUUUAUAGGAAAAUUGACUCCAAGAAAUUCAUGUGAAACUCGAUAAUUGUUUCGGCGAAACAAAAGCUUUUUACUUUCCUUCACUCAGAUAUAUUCUAUGAGAGCCAAAAAGCCAAGUUUUCCUCUAUCUGUCUUAAUUAAACGGGAUCGAGCAGUUUCUUGUUUAUAUCAGAGACAGGAAAUGUCCUCUAUCCAUGUAAGCGAUUGGCUAAUAAAUGCAUUCGGUAAAUAUAAUCUGACAAUUUAAGCAAUCGAACUAUUUAUGUACAUACAUUUCCAACUUUUCAUUUUCUCUUACAAAACAGCUCAAUUUCUGACACUCUUUAAGAGGUAACAUCGGUCAAUUGAUGUUGGCCAACCAACUUGAAAUACAAACAGGUUCAGCAAAUUUUCUACAAUGGAGUCCUUCGACAAGAACAUUUCAUAUCCAAGGUAUGUUGCUCCAAAUAUUACCAAUUCGACUUGUGUUGCGGGUGAUUCUACUGUAGAAAUGGUGGCCAAGGCCUCAGCUUACUCCACCAUUCUGGUUUUCUCCUUGGUUGGAAAUGCAAUCCUCAUCCUGUCUAUUGCAAAGAACAAGCAAUCCCGAAAGUCAAUCCACUAUCUCGUUUUCAACAUGGCUGUGUCGGACUUAUUCAACCCAUUCACUCUCAUGCCCAUCCAUCUCGUUCAGAUCAUCUCAGGAUCAGUCUCCUGGAAGGUCGUCAGACCGUGGCUGCUGGGAAGCAUAUUAUGCAAACUUUCCUACUUUCUUAUAGAUGUGUCGCUGGUCGUUUCCAUUGAAAGCCUUUUAUUGAUAUCGGUAGACAGGUUCAUUGCUGUACUUUUCCCACUUAAAGCUAAGCUCAUCUCCUCAAAAGUGCGCCUUGUUGGCGUUUUAUGCACAUGGAUUGUCGCCAUCAUGGUCCACGCGCCCUAUUUCUAUGCGUACAAACUCACUCCAGAGGGUAAUGAAGUUGUUUGUAGGCUUAACUGGGGACCGGCAUUUGACCACAAGCAAACACACAAGAGAUAUGUCACGGCGACUUUCAUCACUUUCGUCCUCGUUCCUAUUGGAGUCAUGGCUAUCAUGUAUGGCACGAUAGCAUGGAAGCUGAAGAGAAGCAACACCAAACAAAAACAGCAAUUGGGUUGUAGACACAAAUCGCGCGAUGAACAACACAAGAAAAUUGUCCGAAUGUCGGUGGCUAUAAUAGUUGCUUUCAGUUUUUGCACAAUUCCACUUUCUGUUUACCUUUUCGCUCAAAUUGUCCUAUGGGAUAAGGGAUUGCCUCCCGUCUGUGCAUUUCAAACGGUGAUUCUAUUUGUGGUCAAUUUUUCGUUACAUUCGUGGAGCGCUGUAAAUCCUUGUGUUUGUCUCAUCUUCAACAGUAAGUACAGGAGUGGCUUAAGACAAAUUCCGUCAUUUCUCAACAGUCAAAGGAUACCUGCCAGUGAGCGGAGUAUUCGCUUGGAAACGAAAAAUCACACCAUUAACAAACGAUUGUCGAACUAAAGCUGAAAUAAUUUGCUUUUAUCGACCGACUUAGUAUUGUAAAUCGGUCCCCGCUGAUGUUUUGGGCGUUUGCCCUUCGCUAUUCGCUCUGACAGAGGGUUAACGCUUGAAAAGCCAGCUUCACGAACUCUUUAUGGUGGCCAGUUUACUUUGUCAACUCGACCAGCUGAUAAACCAAAUUGAUAAGUAGUACCCGUCAAAGGUGCAGCUCAAUUGUUUUUCUAAGGUUAACCACUUUAUAAAUAAAGCUUAGCUUAUUUAUAUUCUAUAACUCAUUACAAACGUGGAACAUUUUGCUGUCUAUUAAAGUUUUUGAAGGAAGAAAACAAAACAGGUGAAUGAAUCGAUUAGCAGGUAAAUCAAAUAAGUUGAAAAAGGGAAGGGAAAAUGAAAAAGAAAUAUUAAUAAUAAUUUUUGUAUGUGUAGAUUUCAUUUAUUUAAUUGUUCGCCGUGUUUAAAUAAUUUAUUCGCAUGUCACUUCUGUCAAGAGGCUUAGUUUGAAUAUGAACAGGUAUGAGUGCCGCACAGGAAAUUGGAUCGAGAAAAUGCAGUACUUGUAGGGUAAAAUAAAUAUUUAAUGGGCGGAAUGUCUCCUCUUUUAUUUUGAUUCAAAGAAACAUCUGUGACAAUGCAGCGUCACAAUUUUUCUUUUUAAUGAAAGCUUAAGAAAAACGAAGAACCAGAUGGACGCAAACGAAGCGCCUAAAGUGGAUAAGAUAUGCCGUACCUGUUUGUAUCCAUCUCUUCAUUGAUAGAGCAACGAAAAACAAGACGAAAAGGCUGGAAAUAGGUACUAAGCUUGAGAAAGCUAUGAGGCAUAAUAACCAAAGAUGUAUAGCGUUUGCUACGAGUGUAGAAGAAUCAAAAUUCCACUCCCCCAUAAGACAUCUCUUCUGUCUCCGCGAGAUAAUUCCCUUAUUUUUUCAUUCAGAAAAAUAUACAGUUCGUUCAAAUUGGAAAGUUCUCACGUCUUUAAGGUCAUCUUCGAGAUACGUAAAUUAAAGCUUCUGCUUUUAAACGAAGCCUGUGAUAUUAAAAUGAUUUUUAAUUGUUCUGUAAAUAUAGCUCAUUAAACAAGAAAGGUCUUACACUUGGCCUUAUUUUCGAUAUGAGGUGCGUCGUGAGAACUCUGAAAUGGUCCAUUUGACCCCAUUAACGGAACUUCAAUAGCCGUAUUUUUUUUUUACAGCGCACUUAUUUCUAAGCAUGAAGUCUGUUCUGUUUCUUCGGCUUAAACGCUAAUUGUUAAUAUGUCUUCGAUCCGCUGGAUAAUUGGUUGACACGUUUUUCAAUCGAACUUUCAAAAUUUCUUAUAGUACAGUUUUUGUACCACGCCAUAGUUAUCUCAGUAGAUAACGGAUGGCUUGGAAAAUUUCAUUAUUUAUUUUGAAGACAUUGGUAAAUAUAAAAAACUAGAAAAUAUAAUUCAAUUAAAGAACUACUCAAACUCACUUUUGUCCUAGAAAAUAAUAUUAAAAAAAAAAAAAUUAAAGAAUUAAACUAAAAAACUUCGCUGCGUGAAGUAAGGUCGAAUCAAAGGGUUCAUUCCUUAAAAUCUGCCAUCCUGUUAUGUCUAGCUUUAAGAAAAAUUUACAUCUCAUGACAUUUGAUGAUGCUUUAGGCUCGUCUCAGUUCCUCUCGCGCUUAGUAGUCAGCGUAAAACACUGUAAGUUGCGGGAAUGACCUCUACACCAGUCCUUGCUGCUUGUUUGUAGUAAAGGAUCUUAGGAAAGCGGUAUGCGGCAAAUAGCUUUUCAUUCUUGCUUGAAGACGAAAAGAAAAGGAUAAGCUAGCAAGUUGAAAAUAGAUUUAAAUGGCGUAUUAGGGGAAUUGAAAAUGUUAAUGUGAAAACAGUUUGUCGGCGUUAAAGGAUUUUUUUUUACUCGUUUGUGAUACAAAGCUUUUUAGUGCCAAAAUAUCUGCCUACAUAUAUUCAGCGAAAUUGUUCGAUUGAUGCAACUGGCACAGCUUUACCAACAUGAAAUUGGGACAAAUAUGACUCUACGAGCGUUUGCGUUUCGUCUGAAUAAAAAAAAUUACUUAUUCACAUUUGCAAGAUGAUAUACUUAGGAUAUAACCUACCUAGCGAUGCAGGAAUACCUUCGAAUAAAAGAGAAGUUUAGAGGCAAAUGCCAACUAGCCAUGAUUAGUUUCCACUGCUAACAUUGUUAGCAAGGUCACAAUGCGUUAUGAAUUGAGAUUAUCUGAAACAAAAAUGAAACUGCUUGGUCGAUCCUUAAAUUGAAUUCUUUUUUUCGUCAUUUAGUUCAAAGUGAAUUUAGCCGCUAAAAUACGCUUUGGAUAGUUUCCUUUCCAGGCUUUGAUGAAUAGAUUGGGUUACUUCCCGGCCUAACAUAAUUCAUGCAAUACAGACGAUUGUUUAAAAAAGCAACAGUUGAUCGCCUCGAACACCGACGUGAUUUGCAAGAUAAAAAAAAUUUAAAUUUACAGAAAAUUUACACAGUUUUAAAUUUACAGAAAAUGGACCUGCCGCACAUUGUUAGGGGAAAAAAAUACCAUUUGUGAAGACACAUAGCGGAGCUCGGCACGCACAGCGCAUUAGCUAAGCUCUUUAAGUACGAGAAUAUGGUAAACCGUCCAGCCGAUGGUUUCGUUGUGGCUUCCAUUGGUGCAUAUGCACUUUAUGUGCACGUAUUUAUGGCCAUUUGAAAAGAACAUUUGAAUUAAUAUUUUUUUGGGGUGAUGAUCAUCCUGUUGUUGUUGUAAUUUUGCGGGUAAAUUGAAGCUUCAGAGUAAAUUGGUGCCAAAGUGAGAAAAUCACUUUUCCUCUGACUUCCUUUGAAGCUUGUUGUUUAUUAAUUUAUUUAUUUACGAGAUUUAGUCAAAGACUGACCUAGUUCAGCUCUAAUCCUGUUUUAAAUGGGGGCCUUUAUAAAAAAUUGCAAGGCUAGACUGCUAGUUUUUUAUUCAUUACUACGAAAGAUCCUUUAAAUUGUAAGUGUGAUAAACUCCUUUUGGUAAGUUAUAUGGAGGGCGUUUCCCCGGUGAAGAUUUGUACGAAAAAUGAUUGGUCCUUCACAUGGUGACCACGAAUUGUCUUUCCAAACGUUCUCAACGACCGUACCCGCCAUAAAACCUUGAGUAAAAUGAGGUGAUAUAUAUUCCUUACUCUCUUCCAGUUUAUUUGCUGGCAGCAAAAUCACUCGCCUAAGGAACAGAGACUUUUACUCUCUGUCAUCUCUUACCUACAUGUAAGUCAACAGAGUUUGCUUUGAAUCUUUUUUAAAGUUUUAACAACCAUCGAGAAGAUUCUUCUUCGUAUGAGACGCAUCACAAAGUGUCUUCAUUAAUAAAAUGCAACCGAAUCUCUCUUAAUUAUGCCAAAUAGGAAGUAUAUAAAGAGAUAUAAGGAUAUAAAGGGAUGUGAAGUACGCAUCAAUCAACUAUCUCUCUCUUUUGUUUCAGGGAUUUAAGCCACAACAAAGUUUUUCAAAUGGAACCUAGAACAUUUGAAAGUUUAAAAUCUCUGGAAACGUUGUAA